AUGGCAUAUAUCACCGCUGGCACCGAUCAGUCUGGAGCCAAGGAGCUUGUUCUGAAGGCUCGAGACCCUCCAUCUCAAGCAAUCGGGCUGUUGUUUGGCUCGAUUCUCAAUCCAUGGGCUCCAAGCGAUUGGGUAGAGGUUUCGGACCAAGUUCGUGGCGGAUCCUCCACUGCGUUGCUUGACCUCCUUCAGCCGAAUUUUCCAACCGCUGGCGUUUGUUUUCAUGGCACACUCGAUACCUUGACUCUCGGUGGCGCAGGUUUCGCGAGCCAAAGCUAUGAAAAAAAGUUGCUUUCGUUCCCUCAAGAUCGCUUCACUGGACUUGUUCUUGAUGUGGGAUUAUCUCCUUCCAAAGAUACAUCGAGUAUCCGUACCUUCACCAUCGUUCUCAAGAACGACCUUGCUGGACCCGACGUAGAUGGACGGCGGCAGUCUACCCUUUCAUACGAGUUUGACUUCACUCUCCCUGCUACCAGUCCCACAUCGGACACAGAACCUCCGCUUGAUUGGGUGCUUUCAAUACCAAUCCCCUUCUCCGAGCUUCGGGCCACUUAUCGAGGAAGGCCUAAGCCUGACGCGAAAAAGUUUGACCCGUCGCAUAUCACCGCUCUGUCAAUAAUGUGUCGAAGUUUUUUUAACGAGCAAAGCGGUCCCUUUAGCCUUACAAUCUUUCGAAUCGGUUUCCUCUACUCUCAAGGUGCCAAUGAAUGA